UCUCCUUUUGAUUUGAGAAGUUUAUUUAUGAUUUGAGAGUACUGAUUUUUAAUUUGAAAUAUUUUCUAUCUGAAAUAUUUAAACAUGUCUACUAAAAUAGAAGAAUUAAAGAAAAGACGAACUGUAGUUAGGAGUAUGACAACAAAGUUGAUAAAUAAUUGUAAAGAAUACCUCCAAGAAACAGAACACGAUUUGUGUAUUCUUAAUGAAAAUAUUGAUUUAUUAGAUUCAAAAUAUAACAGCCUAAAAGAAUUAGAUAAACAAAUACAAGAAUUAAUUGAGGCUACUGAAUAUGAAUCGGAAUUUGAAACUUGUGAAGUUUAUUCCGAGAAAAUAAUUUCCAUGAAAUCAAAACUAACAUUUAUGUUAAAAGAGAAUAGGAAACCUGAAAUUCCUGUUUCGAAUACAAUUGGUAAUAUUGUGAAUAAUGAUAUUUCAAAUAUUUCUGUAUCUCAUUCAAAAAUUAAAUUGCCUAAAUUAUCGAUCAAUAAAUUUAAUGGCGAUCCUGUUAAUUGGUUAUCAUUUUGGAACCAGUUUGACAAUGCGAUACAUCAGAAUAGUGAUUUAACAGAUACAGACAAAUUUAAUUAUUUGAUAUCAUUUUUAUCAGGUGCUGCUUGUAAUGCUGUUAGUGGUUUUGCAUUAUCAAGUGAAAAUUAUUUUGCCGCAAUCGAGUUACUUAAAACACGCUUUGGUCGAACAGAUUUAAUUAUAAAUGCACAUAUGGGAAAACUGUUAAAUUUAGAACCUGUUAGGAAUGCUAACAACAUAUUUGCAUUACGUAAGUUGUAUGAUGAUAUCGAAAUACAGAUAAGAAGUUUAAAAUCACUUAAUGUAACUUCUGGCACAUAUGGCACGUUAUUGACACCAGUUUUAUUAAAAUUAAUUCCGAAUGAACUGAAUCUUGAUUUCCAAAGAAAAAGGAAAUCGAAAGAUAAUUUCGAUGUAAACGAAUUAUUAGAGUUCUUGAAAACGGAAAUUGAGUGCCGCGAAUCCAUGCUACAAAUUCAAGAUAAAAUAAACAACCAUAAUUCGAGCCACUUUCCUAAAGAAAAAAGAAUAAAUAAAAUUUCUAUUCCAACGGCUGCUGUGUUAAAGGUUUCAAUUAACAGCUGCAUAUUUUGCGAGGAUUCAGAAAAAGAAAAACAUACUUCCGAAGCUUGCCCGAAGUCUGUAACAGACAGAAAGGCGUCACUUCGGAAACUCGGAAUGUGUUAUUUAUGCCUUAAAAGGGGUAACCAUUUGGCAAAAAAUUGCUUUUCGAAGAUAAAGUGUGAUUCAUGUGGGUGGAAACACAACAGUUUAAUCUGUGACAGAAAUAGUUUAGAUGAGAAAAAAUCAAAUAAGAAGGAUCUCAAUUUGACGAACAAAUCAUGUUUAGAGAAAGUUUUAUUACAAACUUUAGUUGUAAGAGUGCGUGGCAAUGGUCCAGAAAAAUACUGCCGCUGUUUAAUUGAUUCUGGGAGUCAACGAAGCUAUGUAUCUAAAUUCUUAGCUAAUGCUAUGCAGUACGAAUGUAUUAACGAAAGCAGUGUGAUUCAUAGUCUGUUCGGAGGAACUGAAGUGGUUGAAACUCAUAAACAGUUCGUUGUACGUUUAAGUAGUAUCAAAAACGAUUAUCAGUGUAACUUCAAAGCUUUUGAUCAAGCGAAUAUUUGUUCUGAUAUUCCACAAUUGAACAUCAAGCCUUAUUUAAAUGAGUUAAAAACCCAUAACAUAUUUUUGAAUGAUGUUGAAGGUAGGCAUAAAAAAUUGUUGUUCGAGCAUUCUCCUUCUGAAAUUCAUAUCCUCAUAGGCGCAGACAUAGCGGGAAAAUUGCUUACAGGGAAAAUAAAGAAGUUAGAAUGUGGAUUAGUUUGCAUUGAAACUUAUUUAGGCUGGAGUAUCAUGGGGAAAAUUCCCGUAGAAAUGGAAAAUAAAUAUGAUUGUUCUUAUGCAUUUUCUAUGUUAGUAUCAGAUAGUAAAAUUUCUGAUUUAUGGAAACUUGAUACUCUUGGGAUAUUAGACCCUUCAGAAAGUCAAACUAAAAGGGAAUUAGAAAAACAAACAAUGACACAUUUUCUUUCCAAUGUGAAAAGAGAUGAAGAAGGAAGGUUUCAAGUUUGUUUACCUUGGAUUGAAAAUCGUUCCCUACUUCCAAACUAUCGAGAAAUAGCAGAAAAGAGAUUAAAGAGCACAGUGAAGAAUUUAAGGGAUGGGGGAUUUUUAGAAGAUUAUAACGCAAUUUUUAAAUCUUGGGAAGAUGAUAAAAUAAUAGAGAUUGUUCCUGAGGAAGAAGUUAAUAACCCCUCUCAUUAUUUACCCCAUCGUGCUGUUAUUCGAAUGAAUUCCACCACGACAAAAAUAAGACCGGUUUUCGAUGGAUCCGUAAGAACUAAAGGAUCACCCUCCGUAAAUGACUGUUUGGAAAAGGGUCCAAAUUUGAUUGAUACUGUUCCAGCUAUAAUAAAUAGAUUUCGACUGGGAAAAAUUGGCGUGAGCGCUGAUAUUAAGAAGGCUUUUCUGCAGAUAGCACUUAAUCCUAAAGACAGAGAUUAUUUAAGAUUUUUAUGGUGGGAACAGGGAAAUUCUGAGCGUUUGAAAAUAUACAGGCAUAGAAGAGUGGUCUUUGGAAUAACCAGCAGUCCAUUUCUCUUAAAUGCAACACUAACGAAAUUAAUGAAUGAAGUACCAGAAAAUUAUCGUGCGAGUGCUAAUAAAUUAGUAGAAUCCUGGUACGUUGAUAAUUUAGUUACAAGUGUGAAUGAUGAAUCAGAAUUAAAGAAGUUAAAAAAUGAUGCCACUGAAAUUUUGGCAAGUGCUAAAUUUGAAUUACAAGAGUGGGCAUAUAACUAUCCUCGAAAUAAAAGGGAUGCAUUUGUUGUUGAACCCAUUUUAGAACAGUCGAAGCUUGAUAAAUUAAAUGAGAAUGAGUUUUUCGAUGAUCCUUGUGAAGCUAAAACGGUCAACAUUUUGGGACUUCUUUGGAAUUUGCAUGAUGACACAUUAAGUUGUGAUAUUAAGGGAUUAAAUGAAUCAAAAAACAAACCUGUUACUAAAAGAACAAUUUUGUCUGAAAUUCAUAAAAUUUAUGACCCUAUUGGAUUCACCUGCCCUAUAAUUUUAAUUCCUAAAAUUCUGUUACAAAACUGCUGGGAAUUAAAAGUAACUUGGGAUGAAGCUCUUCCUGAAGAAAUUCAAAGGAAAUACAUGAAAUGGAAAAAUGAUGCAAAUCGUUUAACAGAAAUAAAAAUUCCUCGACAGAUGAUGCUUAAUAUUGAUUCUGAAUUGAAAUUAUCCUUUCAUAUAUUUUGUGAUGCAUCCCGAAUGGCAUAUGCAACCUGCGUUUAUUUAAGAAAUGAAAAUGAAAAUAAAGUUUCGUGUCAUUUAGUUCAAGCACGAUCUAGAGUUGCUCCUCUAAAACCCACAUCAAUUUGUAGACUAGAAUUAUUAGCUUGUGUUGUUGGUGCAAGAUUAAUGAAAUCUAUAAAACAAGAUUUGAAGGAAGAAAAUAUACCUACGUUUUAUUGGACAGAUUCAAGGAACACAUUGUACUGGAUUAAGAAUGAAGAAAAUUGGGGUGUAUUUGUUAUGAAUAGAGUGAAAGAAAUACGAGCUCUUACUAAUCCUGAUGCAUGGAAUUAUGUUCCUGGCAACUUGAAUCCUGCGGAUAUUCCGUCAAGAGGAUGUUCUGUUGAAACUAUUAAAGCCAAAAGAUGGCAUGAAGGUCCAGCAUGGUUGAAGUUGAAUCCAGACUGUUGGCCUACUUGUGAUAUUUCUCCUGACAAAGAUAUGAUUGAUCGAGAAAGAAGAAAAACAGUUGUAUCCUCGUUAACAAAUGUAGAUGAAGAAUUUUCGCAUUUCUCACGAAUUUCUUCUUUUGAGAAAAUAAUUAGAGUUACAGCCUUGGAUAAAAAGGUAUAUUGA